GCAGCUGGUGUGUGGGAGGCCUCCUGUGAGCCACCUCUUUUUCCCGCCUCCUGGUACAUUCCCCACCCGCAUCGAGGAUUUAGGGAUGCCAGUGGGGAAGAAAGUGAUAGGGACUGGCGGCAGCAGUGCCUCCCCCACUGCUGCUGCCGCCCACUCCGGGGUCAGGCAUUUGGAAACCAGCGAAGGGGCAUCAGUCCAGAGAGAUGAUGACCCAGAAGAGGAAGGGGAAGAAGAUCUGCGAGAUGGAGGCAUCCCUUUUUUCAUCAACCGGGGUGGUCUGCCUGUGGAUGAGGCCACCUGGGAAAGGAUGUGGAAGCACGUGGCCAAGAUCCAUCCUGAUGGAGAGAAGGUGGCACAGAGGAUCCGCGGGGCCACAGACCUGCCCAAGAUUCCCAUACCAAGUGUGCCUACUUUCCAACCGACUACAUCCAUCCCUGAGCGCCUGGAAGCCGUGCAGCGCUACAUCAGGGAGCUGCAGUACAAUCACACAGGGACACAGUUCUUUGAAAUUAAGAAGAGCAGACCUCUGACAGGGCUGAUGGACCUGGCGAAGGAAAUGACCAAAGAGGCUCUGCCAAUCAAAUGCCUAGAAGCCGUGAUCCUGGGAAUUUACCUCACCAACAGCAUGCCCAACCUGGAGCGCUUCCCCAUCAGCUUCAAGACCUACUUCUCAGGGAACUAUUUCCGUCACAUUGUGCUGGGGGUGAACUUCGGGGGUCGCUAUGGGGCCCUAGGCAUGAGCCGGAGGGAGGACCUGAUGUACAAGCCGCCGGCCUUCCGUACGCUCAGCGAACUCGUGCUGGACUACGAGGCCGCCUAUGGCCGCUGCUGGCACGUGCUGAAGAAGGUGAAGCUGGGCCAGUGCGUGUCCCACGACCCACACAGCGUGGAGCAGAUCGAGUGGAAGCACUCGGUGCUGGACGUGGAGAGGCUGGGCCGCGAUGACUUCCGCAAGGAGCUGGAGCGCCACGCCCGCGACAUGCGGCUCAAGAUUGGCAAAGGAAUGGGUCCUCCCUCUCCUACCAAGGACCGGAAGAAGGACAUCUCCUCACCACAGCGAGCCCAGUCCAGCCCUCACCGCAGGAACAGCCGCAGCGAGAGACGGCCAUCGGGUGAGAAAAAGCCUUCUGAGCCCAAAGCCAUGCCAGACCUCAAUGGGUACCAGAUCCGGGUGUGAGGCGGAUGCCAAUGCCCCAAGCCCCACCCUGCUCCUGGAAGACAGCGACCAGUGAUGGGGCAGGGAGAGGGGCUGAAGGAUGGGUGUGUUGCAGCUCAGCCCCCAAGCUGCUCCCCUCCCAAUGGAGCUGAGCCCCUAACUUUGGGCCAAGAGGCAGUUAGUAUUUUAUUUGGAGUUUUUAGCUCUACAACUGAAGUUUAAGGUAUU